AUGAAUACUUCUUCCGAUAAUAUCUCGAUCACUAUCUCAUCAUCUUCUUCGUUAGACUCCACACCGAGAAGCGAUAACAGUCAUGUGCCUGUACCUGUACCUGUAGCUGCUGCUCCAUCUUCGUCUUAUAUAAGAUUGGCUAUGAAGGUGUCUAGAGCUAGAUGGUUCAUCUUCUUGAGGAGAGUGUUUCACUACCAGAACGGAUCAAGAUCCGACCUUGGCUCCAACCCUUUCAACACCAGCACUUGGAUGAUGUCUGAGCUCAUUGCUCUGCUUCUUCAGCUCACUGUGAUAACACUCACAUUAGCCAUCUCUAAAGAAGAGAGACCUAUUUGGCCUGUGAGGCUAUGGAUUACAGGCUACGACGUGGGAUGUCUCCUUAACCUCAUGCUGUUGUAUGGCCGGUAUCGUCAGCUAGACGUUAGCCUCGGCGAUGUUGAGCAGCAACAGAGAGGCAGAGAAGAAGAAAACAGGUCUUCUCAUUUGAUGAACAAAUGCAGAACGUCGCUGGAGCUUUUCUUUGCGAUUUGGUUCGUGAUUGGGAAUGUUUGGGUGUUCGAUUCAAGAUUCGCUUCUUUCGACCAUGCUCCUAAGCUUCAUGCCCUCUGCGUCUCUCUUCUGGCUUGGAACGCUCUCUGCUAUUCGUUUCCUUUUAUUCUCUUCCUCUUCCUCUGUUGUCUGGUGCCUCUCGUUAGCAGCCUCCUUGGAUACAACAUGAACAUGGGAUCUUCAGAGAGAGGAGCAUCGGAUGACCAAAUCUCUAGUCUCCCUAGCUGGAAAUACAAACGAAUUGAUGACAGUGCUUCUGAUUCUGAUUCAGAUUCAGCUCCUGCAACGGAUCAUCCAGAGUGUUGUAUAUGUUUGACAAAGUAUAAAGACAAAGAAGAAGUAAGGAAGCUUCCAUGUUCACAUAAGUUUCACCUGAAAUGCGUAGAUCAAUGGCUUCGUAUCAUCUCUUGUUGUCCUCUCUGCAAACAAGAUCUUCCCAGAUAG